AUGCUCACCUUCAGGAAGUCGCUAAUUGCGGCCGUCGUUUUGAUUACAUUCGUCGUCCUCCUUCGAUCCGCACAUUCCUCACCAUCCGCCGAACCUGCCGUUCUCAACACGGAAACCACUACGCACGACUCCAGUCAAGCAGCAGAUGAACAUCUUACGAAUCAGAAACAGGAUAUACAACAGCAGCCGUUGAAGCCACCGCCCACUGCGCCCUUGCGCGAACGGCUCCGUUACCAAUUCCUCUACGAUCUCGAAAGCAGAUUCCCCGCGUACAUCUGGCAGACAUGGAAGUACACACCAGCAUCCAUGUGGUUUUCUGAAGACCUUCGGCCCGCUGAAGCGAGUUGGACAGAACUACACCCGGGAUUUGUUCAUGAAGUGAUUCCGGACGACACGCAGCGACAUCUCGUCAAGUACCUCUACGGCUCGGUCCCGGAGGUGUUCGAGGCAUACGAUUCUAUGCCGCUGCCCGUCCUGAAGGCUGAUUUCUUUCGGUACUUGAUUCUGCUGGCGCGUGGAGGCAUCUACAGUGACAUCGAUACCUACGCGCUCAAGCCCGCCGCCGACUGGCUGCCUGGGGAGCUGGAUCUCGCCACGGUCGGUUUCGUGAUCGGAAUAGAGGCCGACCCCGACCGGCCUGAUUGGCACGACUGGUAUUCACGCCGGAUCCAAUUUUGUCAGUGGACCAUCCAGGCCAAGCCUGGGCACCCGAUCCUCCGCGAUAUUGUCGCAUACAUUACCGAGGAGGCGCUGCGAAUGAAGAAAAAGGGAAUCCUCAAGGAAGGAAAGAUGGAUAAGACUAUCGUGGAGUUCACUGGGCCCGCUGCCUGGACGGACGCCGUAUUUAGAUAUUUCAACAACCCGGAAUACUUCAGCAUCGAACCGGGGUCGACUCACAACGUCACAUACGAGGAUUUUACCAACCAACGGGACUAUAAAAAGGUCGGUGACGUCGUGGUCCUGCCAAUUACCAGUUUCAGUCCUGGUGUCGGUCAGAUGGGAGCGGGCGAUCUGGAUGACCCCAUGGCGUUUGUGAAACACGACUUUAGUGGAUCAUGGAAGACAGACCCGGCUCUCUAA